CACCCCUGCCUUCUAUGACAAAACCCAGCCUUCUCAUGAAAUGAGUCACCAGAACUACACAUGCAGUGAGUACAGGGCACAGAGUCUGCAUGUGUCUUCAGCAAGAAAUAUCAUAGCACAAACCGAAAGAUCACAGGAGUCACUCUACAACUACAGAAUCUGAUCGUCAAGACUUCAUAGAAAAUCUUACAGCUAUUGUAAGUGAAGUACGUAAUUCAGAGCAGAGGAUCGACUGUUGUAGACGACUGCAAAGAGAGAAAGCAGAAUCGUGUCAAGAUGUUGACUAAUGAUGAGGCAGCGGUGCAGGAGGUGAGAUACUGUCUGAAGACUCUGAGAGAGCAAAUGGCAGCCAGAAAAUACAAUAACAACAACAAGAUUCCAUCCAAUGGCUUUAAAGUUGACGUACUUGUCAGCAAAGCCAAUGGAUCCAAUGGAUUUGUGAACGGCUCUUACUCCACAUGUCUGGGUCAGGAGGAAGAUGAAAACUCUUUAGCCUUGAGAGAAGUCACUAAACAUCUUUACAGUCGUCUGCAUGAGAUGGAGAAAAAACACCAGGAGGAGAAAGAGAGACUACAGGCGGAAAACAUUGAAUAUCAGCGGAUGUUUCUAGAGGAGCAUACCUCUCGCAUACAGAAGGCAGAAACCAAGGCAGAGGAACAGGGCAAAAAGGUGGAAGAGAUGCAGAAGGUUAUGCAUGGCUUGGAGCUGGAAAAUGCCACGUUACGAGAAAAAUUGGCCGCUAGCGAGGCUGAACUUGAGAAACUGCGAGGACUGAAGAAAACAGAUAGUGAGGACAGGUCUGAACAGCUGAAAAAGGAGCUGGCAACUCUGAAGAAUAAGAACCACAACUUAGAUGACAUGCUCAAAAGUCAACAAAGGAAAGUCAGGAACAUGAUCCAACAGGUGCAAAAUUCCCGAACCAUAAUGGAGCAAAGAGACCGGGUAAUCGGUGACCUCAAAGAGAGGGUGGCUUUCCUCGAAGCUGAGAAUAGAGAGAUUCAUGACCGGAUGGAGUUUUAUUUGGACAACCAAGUGUCUAAACCAUAUAACUCAGACAUGGGGUCCAAGGUUGUCUACAGCAAACCUCUGACGCCAACAAGUCCUGGAAACAAGUCUAUGCCAUUCAUUAAAGUGGUUGAGAUCAAGUCCUGAACAACAGAUGAAGACAGCUGAUGAAGAGAGAGAGACAGGUUGAGUGAGAGACACAUUGUAACAACGUAACAGAAGUAACAACGUUUAUGCAACAUCCCUCUGUUUAUCACAUGAGUAGCACUUGAGGUAUAUAUAUAUAUAUAUAUAUAUGGAAAUAUAAUUGAUUUGCAGAACACAUACUGCAUUUUUAUACAUUAAUCAAUUGUAUUCGUAUUUGUAGAUGUAAGUGUUGAUAUUCAUAUUUCCUACAGAUCUGUCAAUAUAUCUGUUUCAUGUAUAUAAUCUAAUAAUGCAGCCAUUUUUAGAUUGGCAUCGCAACUGUUGCCUGGCUACCAGUUUCUCCAUAUCUGGUUAAGCAGAAGUGCGCUAUUUGACUAUUUGAUUCGCUGCGUUCAGUAUAAAAACGUAUGGUCUGUAGAGGAAACAUUUGCGCUUAUUGCACUUGGAAUUGUGUCCUUUUUUCUGUUAUUUAACUCAGUAAAUAUAAGAUUAAAAAAGGAGUCCCAAAAACUGAAAUAUGUGAUCAUAGUCUAAAUAGCUGUUUACAUCACACCUGCGUUACCAAAGCAAUGACUGAUGCAUAUGUAUUACAUCCCAAAGAGCUCCGUUAUCAACACUACAGUGGAAAAUGAAACCAUAUCCGUGCUGACUGGCAUGGAAAGGAACGGUUAAGCAAAGAGAACCGUUCGGCCCGAUGGUGGAAAAGCCACUGUUUGUGAUCAACAGCCAAUUUGAGUAAUCUGAUAAAGCCACAACAAUAUUUCUGUGCUUCUUAUGAAUCUGUGUAUGUACAUAUACUCUAAUGUACAGUUCUGAAUUUACUGUACCUUGCAAAGCUGUCUUUUCCCUUUGGGAACUGUAAUUAUAUUGUGUUUUUAAUAACUUUUUUUCUGUUACUGUGUUCAGUGCUCAACUACCUUUCCAUCCAUCUCUUAUUAAAUGUGAAAAAAAUGUGUUACUGUAGAUGGAAUUGUAGUGCUAUGCACAUUUCUUUGGUAUCGUGUUUUACCUGGUUUAUGUAUUUAUCUUUUAAGGGCCAAACAAUAAAAAGUAUUUAAGUUU